AUGCCCAGGGCUCGUAGAGGAGCUCUGAUUCAAUGUGAUCCAUCGAUCAAGGCACUUAUUGUUCAGAUCGACGCUGACAAAAGCGAUAUUAUAUUGGAAGAGCUUGAUGAUACCCACCUUUUGAUAGAUCCUGCUAAAGUUGAGUUCAUCAAACGUGAGUUGAAUAGGCUGCUUUCCAAAAAUAUAUAUAAUCCAAUGGAUGAAGAGGAAAAUCAAUAG